AUGACUACCAAGUACUCAAUCUACUCGCAUCAAUUUUUCAACGUGGGGACCCGGGAAAGUUUGGGUCUGCGAAGGUCACGUGCGACUUUCGCGAAUUCACCGUCAAUACGUCGCGACUCCGAACACUUGCAAGUUCGAGCUGAGACUUUCUGCUGUGCCCCAUCGACAUCAACAUUGCGCCAGUCACGCGACUCACUUCGGUCAUUGAGUAGUACGGACUCCACUGUGUCGUCGCCACUGCCACAAGAUAUUCAUAUCCAGGGCUGGAUGUACUGGGCUCGUCGAGACAACUUGUCCGAAGCAGAGCGAUACACAAAAGUAUACGCAGUGCUACGCAACGAGUUUUUGCUGCUUUAUCGUAACGAUAAACGUCAGUCCAAGGAGAUGCGACCGCAGCCAUUGGUGCAAAUUGCAGUUGCGAGCUCGUGGCGCAGCGUAGAGGGCGUCCUGCAUGUCGACGACCCGUACGGAGAAGAAAUGGAGCUGCAUUUGUAUGAGCGACAAGACUUUGACAUUUGUCGACGGUGGGUUGACGCUCUCGAAAAGGCUGCAGAAUUGACGCACUCGCACUUUUCCAACUUUGGCGUCAAGGUGAACGACUUAUCCCGUAACAGCGUGUAUCGAGGCACCCUCCAUGACUUCCGGUUGGAUCGAGAAAGCUCGAUACGGAAAUCUGUCACGCAGAUCAAACAAUUAAAAAGCUGGAACACUUUUUGGAAGUUCAUACCUGAGCACAUAUCAAAAUAUUCCCGAUCGCAGUCGACGAUCUGA